UUUUGAGAUGAGCAGCAGAGACGAAUUGCUUUAUAUGGCCAGACUCACAGAGUAAACAGAGAGAUUUGAGGACAUGGUUAACUACAUCAAACAAUUAGUUAGUGUAGGACAAGAAUUGUCAGUAGAGGAGAGAAACUUGCUCUCUGUUGCUUAUAAAAACAGCAUUGGAGGAAGAAGAACAGCAUGGAGAGUCCUUUCUAGUAUUGAGAACAAGGAAGAAGGAAAGGUAUAGAAAUCUCACAUUUUAUUAAUUCAAAAACUUAUUCCUUAUAUUAAAUCAUCUUUAUAUCAUUAUUUUAGGCUCAAACAAAUCCAGCAAGUCAAAGAAACUUAACUUUAAUUAGAGCUUACAAGAAAAAAAUUGAAUAAGAAUUGAAUGGAUUUUGCAAUGAUGUGCUUAACCUCAUAGACACUUCACUCAUCAGAACAGCUACUAAUUCAGAAGCUAAAGUCUUCUAUUUCAAGAUGAAAGGAGACUAUCAUAGAUAUAUCUCAGAAUAUUCAAGCGGAGACCAACAUAAACAUGCUGCUGAUGGAGCAUUAGAAGCUUACUAACAAGCUUCAAAUGUUGCUAAUUCAGAGCUCAAAACCACAAAUCCAAUUAGAUUAGGUCUUGCUCUCAACUUCUCAGUUUUCUACUAUGAAGUCUUGAAUGACCCAACAAAGGCAUGCAGCUUAGCUAAACAAGUAUCUAUAUUUUCAAAAUAUCUUAAAGGCUUUCGAUGAUGCUAUUGCUGAUAUCGAAUAAAUCGAAGAAUCAUAAUAUAAGGAUGCCACCACAAUUAUGCAAUUAAUUAGAGACAACCUCACUCUUUGGACUUCUGAAUUAGAAGAUGAAGAAGGACCCAAAUGAUAGAGGUAUAUGAUAUAUAUAUAUAUAUAAAAUAUAAAAAUAUAUAAACAAACAUCAUUA